UACAGGCAGGGUAGGUUCAUGUUACAGAGCGCUGUGCUCGGCUGCUGGUGACAGCAGGAUCCACACUCAUUCAUUCAUGCACAAUUGCUAAGCUUCCCAUAGCAUCUGACUGCCCCGUGCCACAGCAUGUCUCAAACCCAGCGCGGGAGGCUGUAUGUCUCUUCCUCCCCCAGCCAGCAGGAUGGCUCAGGCCAGAGGAUGCUAUACACAGGUCCAGACUACAUACGGGAUUAUAGAACAAAACUGCCUGACUUUACCAGUUACAUCGGAGAAGUGAUGCCGCCUAGAGAGAGCACAGGUGAUGUGAGUUACCUGUGCCGCGCCGCCCCCGGUACCCCUUCACCUCUACCCAAGGAGUCAUACGUUGGAGGUAUAGGCUGGGGAGUGUCAGAUUUCAGCUACCUCAAUAGAAGGGGACUUCUCAAUAACAAUCACAUCAAGCAUGGACAGUUCCGCCAAGCUUGUGAAGAAAAUAUAACUCAUAGGUAUCAGAAUCCAUGGACCCCGUCUCCACAUAUUCUUGAUGAAUGGGGAUAUGGAGCCAGAUCUAGACUGGCAUGGACAGAAGACAAUUGUGACAGUGAAAACAGAAAUGGGCAAGGAGCACCAGUACUUGAAGAACAUCCAAUACCAGGACAGGUUUCAAUUUACAGGAACAUGAAUCGAGAGCAAUAAGUGAUAAAAAACAAGAUUUGCUGAAUGGAUGGGAUCUCUGAAUGAAACUGAUAAAGAGGAGCAUUAUGGAGGAACAAACUAGA